UACUCUCUCUUUUCGAAGUUUAUUUUUGAUUAUACUGGAAUGAUCAAUGACAACGACGAUUCAGCGACGACGCUGGAUAUUGAACAAAUUCAACUUCAUUUCUUUGACGUUAGCGUCAAAGCGAAACCACGUGACCAAGAAAUAAUAUUUUUUAUAUAUAAAUAAAAAAUAUUAUUUCUAAAGAUUUUUGCUCGCUGAAAAUGAGCGUCGAGCGUCAACGUGAAAAGGUACCUUUUGUCUGAGCGUUUAAAAGGCGAAGGUUAAAGGUGCUUUCCCGUGUCCCGUGUCUUGUUACCUCUCGCGACAUUUCCACGUGACACAGCUAUGGAUAGAAUAUACCCCUAACGUAGGAAUACAUAAAUUUUAAAGAUGCCUAUGACAAAUCAUAAUCAUUUGAUAUCAUCAAAGUAACGGCUUAUGACAUAAUGAUAGAUAUGAUAUCGCGCUCGUCGAUAUUCUGACGUUCAGUAUCUGUCAUGGAUGUCUACGUGUCAUAUAUAACUCCGUUCUUAAUCGAUAGACAGUUUCACCUGCGGCUUAAUUCGCGCAUUCAUCAAUCUUUAACAGCGUCGACAAAAAGAGGCGACAAUAUAUUCGAGCUCUAAGAACCCCGUUAAUCUGAAAAAACAUGACUGCCAUAGGCGACGUUCAAGCCUUGCAGACUCUGACAGUUUACACCAGCGAUGUAAACAGCGUCGACUUCGCCGGUGAUUGCGUUCUGGUAACAGGAUCCGGGGACAAACGCGUCCGGGUUUGGGAAUGGCAGCCCGGCACUGGCUACGUGGAGGCUUACUUCUCGCCUCUGAUGGGGCACAAGUACGGCGUGACCUCGGUCAAGGUCAGCCCCCAGUCCACUAUGCUGGCCACCUCCAGCAUAGACGGUACCACGCUGCUUUGGAACUUGCGUACGGGGACAAAGAUACAUACUAUGGUGCAAGUAGGCGGCGAAGCGGUGAGAGUCUGCAGAUUUUCGCCAGAUUCGACGUUACUCGCGACCGCUGGAGAUAACGGGCAAGUCUGUAUCUGGGAUCUGAUUCAUCGCAAUUUAAUCAGGUGUUUUCAAAAGCACGAGGGUGCCGUGCAAAGCCUGUCGUUUUCGCCGGACUCGAGCUGGCUGAUCACCUCGUGUACGUUGGGUGUCCUAAAGCUGUUCUCCACUGCCGAACUGAUCGACACUUGUACCUCUAGCAAUCAGGACAUCGCCGAACUUGUCUCGAUCGAUGAUGCUCACGACAUGGGGGUGGUUUGCUGCGAUUUCUCAACUUUCCAAGAAGUCACAUGUAACGAGCCGUACACCAAGCUUUAUCAACUGGUCUCGUGCGGCAACGAUCACGACGUGAAGUUGUGGGAAGUCACGGUGAGCCAGAAUAAGUGCGAGGCCCAACCCUCUACUGCUACUGUACAGCUUUGCAGAGUGAUGGAAAAGCACAGCAGUGCCUUAACUUGCGUCCGUUUCAGCAGCAACGGAUUAUAUAUUGCCAGCUGUGGCCUCGAUAAAACGGCAGUAAUUUGGGAAACAAGCUCAGGAAAGGUCGUAACGAUAAUCUCCGGUCACAAUCGAUACAUAGCUUGCUGCGCUUUUUCACGUGACGGAAGCUUAUUAGCGACAGGCUCUAACGACAAAUCAGUAAUCGCGUGGGACUUGGCGGGAAACUUGACUAUUGAUUCGGAACUGUCAAGAAAUGUUGGAACGAAGUGGUUCGUGAAUGAUCCUGAAAAGAGCACUAUGCAUGAACACGAUCUAAUGAGAAAUGUCGAGACGUACGCUAACGAAGUAAGAUUGAUUCAAAGAUUGGAAGAGCACAAUGGUGCGGUGAACAGCGUUGCCUUCCACCGAAAUAAUCUUUUAGCCUCGGCAUCAGGUGAUAAACUAGUACGCAUUUGGAGCGUCGAAACGGAAGAGGAGGAUGGGGAGGAGGUGAUUAAAAUACAGGAAAAACCAUUCAGUCCACUCGACGCUCACACCUACAGCGUCAAUUAUGUGGAAUUUAGCCCGUGCGGUUCAAUGCUUGCCUCCUGUUCUCUCGAUGGGACGACUUUAGUUUGGAACACAGAAACUGGAGAACAAGCAAAAUCAUCUUUCGUCAAUUCCGGAACAGGCAUCCGCGUGAGUCGAUGGUCGCCUGACGGCACGAAGAUCGCUACCGCUGGUGACGACGAGAAGACAAUGUUAUGGGACGUGGAAACUAUGGAUCAGUUGCAGCAACUUUACAGUGUCUUCGAGGGUCACGCCGAUGCGAUAUCGGCCAUUGCAUUUACGCACGAUUCCCGAUAUUUAGUGACCGCGUGCAAUGAGGGCACCUGGCGUCUUUUCGAUACUCUAGACGAGAAGAAUGGUUCCGAAGCAUUGAUGGUUUGCGAUGCGAGUCACGAUCUAGGUGUCCAAGGAUGCGACUUUAGCCCUACUCCAGGCUCUCUGAUGUGCAGUGCGUCAAGAGACCCGGAUGUGAACCAGCAGAUAUAUCUACUGGCAACAUGCGGCAACGAUUCGUUGGUUAAACUGUGGCAUGUAAUUAUUUCAAACGAUUCAUUACCCGAUUCGGACAGCAUUAGACCGAACACCGGAACGCGUUACAAGGAGAAAAAGUCCUUGACCGGGCAUGGUGGAAACGUAAUGUGCGUCCGUUUUUCGCCCGUCCACGGAGAAGUUCUAGGUAGUGUCGCGACAGAUAGAACAGCUCGUAUAUGGAGCGUGUUUUCCGGAAGCUGUUUGUACGUCUUGGAGGAUCAUGAUAGUCUUGUUACGUCGUGUGCAUUUUCCGAGGACACGUCACUUUUUGCUACAGGUGCAUUGGACAAGACUAUCCUGGUUUGGAAGGUGCCUCAGCAACUGGUGUCGCAAAGUAAUUUGAUGGACAGCUUGAGAAACAAAAAAAAAAGGGUCGCGGAUUGGAAACUAUAUGAUACUUUGAAGUGGUUGAACGACAUUGAAUUAUCUAGAUUGUCCAGGAAAGUAUUAGCUCUGGGAUUGACAGGGCGACAUUUGUUAUCCGUGUCAGAGAAUGAACUGAUAUCCCGGUUAGAAAUCGAAGAUGACGAAGAGGCGAUGGAGAUAUUGAAGAAGCAAUUAUAUUGGCUGAAGCGUGAAGAAUGCAAUGUUAUGGAGAAUAUAGACGAAUCUGAAAUUCCCCAUGAAUUCUUGUGUCCUAUAACGCACGAGAUAAUGAAAGAACCUGUGCAGUGCUCAGAUGGAUUUACUUACGAAAGGGCAGCUAUAAACGAAUGGUUCCUGUGCGGAAAAUACACCAGUCCGAUGACAAAUGAGCCGUUGCACGAUACUUCCUUCACCCCGAAUUUCGCUCUCAGAAACGCUAUACUCACUCUACUUCAUGGAGAAGGACCACAAUAGUAAUAGCAUUUUACGCACCUAUGGACGAAAAAGAAAACAGAGCACGUGUUGAUAAUUUGUAAUACACAAUAAGCAAUUUUAUUCUACGGUACGUUAGACAUUCAAGAUUCGAUAAUUUUAACGCAAUAAGAUUCGUUCUCUUUACAAGAAUUGAAAGAAAUUCUAACAUCGAUCGGUAUCUGCGGACCAAUUAAACACAUAUAAAAAUACGAAAGACUUAGUAGCAAUUUCAUAAUUAACAAUUACCGCGAAAGGAUACCGCGUGAGAACUGAAGCAAGGAUUUACAAUUCCUGAUCUUUUAUUUCGAGAAGUUUUGAAAUUAGGAUUAUUGGAGAUAUGCUUAGAGAGAACACGUAUUAACAAUAACCAAGGAGCAUUAUCGUAACUUUUUACCGAGAAGCGGUAUAUAUCUAAGAACCGCUGAUCGACACGUUAUCGAUAUUGGGAAGCAAUGUCUAGGAAAGAAUAUUAUCGAAAAAUUUCCGAACAUUCGAUAAUAUGCGCGUGUACAAUACACGUAACGAUCCAGAUACCUGAUGCAAAGCAACAAGUACAAGUUUACAAAAAAUUUAUGGACAAUCUUCGAGAUUUACGGAUAUAGCGGAGGCGCUGGUCUAAAUAUCAAAUAUUACAGAGUAGUCGAACGUACAUAUACGUAUGCAUAUAGCUAGAAACAUAUCGAGAAUACACGGAUUUUAUAUCGGUUUUAGGCAUAAACGGGAUUUACAGGUUCUCGAAUUGAAUCGAAUGUGGCAUGUGUUUUGUCACUCUCUUUUGCAUCUCCAUUCCAAAUUUUUUAUAGCUCAGAUAACUCGCAUGUUCUCGAGCAAAGAUUUGAUCCUGUGUCACGGGACGAAGGGUUUAUGAUUUUAUGUAAGGCAUUCUUGAUAUCAAUAUUAAAUAGAGCUAAUUUCGAGUAUAAGAUUGCAUUGACAGGGUUAACUUUGCACCAGAGAAAGGAUUUAGGAUUAUUUAGUGUCGAAGAAAAUGAUUUCCGUAGCUUUUUGACUAUUUCUUUGGAUGCUAAAUGGCCCUAAAACGAUUUCUACUGCAUUGCAAAGUUGCAGAUCUUUAUCUUACAAUUGUUGAAAUCUUUAAUUACUGAAAACGAUUGAAAACCAAGUUUUCAAUUUAGUAAAUAAUAAAAAUUUUGCGCGUUGUAAAACGUUUUAGAAUGAAUAUGCUACUCAGUAGUAUAGAAAUAUUUGUGCCUAACAUAACGAGAAGGAGGUGUCGUAUUUCUCGAGAUGUUAAGGAAACGUCUCAAUUUUGUAAUCUACGGCAUUAUCGCAUUUUAUCAAAUAUUUAUUUUCUGAAGUAUAACUUUGUAAUAUGUAUAUAUUAACAGGAAUGCGUUAACGUAUGUGACUUGCGUGUGAUAAUAAUUACUUUCUAUUUGCAAAUAUUAAGCUAUACAAACUAUAUUGAUUGUUGAUAUUUUUUAUUUAUUCAUUGCACUUUUAAUGUCUAAUAAAAAAUUUUCAGAUAUACUUUUGGAUAUGUCAAUUGUUAUCGAUAGCAAUCCCAGAGUGCUUACUCGUUAUUAUUAAUUAUAUUAUUAUUGUCGUAAAUGCUGUAGACUUUGUUAUACACUUUUUAGAUCGACGAUAUUAUGAAUAUAAAUAUAGCUAUAAUCAUUUUAUAAUAACACCGUAUUAACUCUUAUAGUAGUUUUUAAGUGUUAUAAACAACAAUUACGAAAACUGUAUAUAAAAUUGUAAUAGACAACAAGAUAUGCGUGUGUAUCGCUUGGAGGAACGUAAAUUUAUAAUUUAAACGUCGAUGUAUUUCUCUUUCUGAGAAAUUAGUCAGAGGUGAUUAAAAAAAAAAAAAAAAAACUCGAUCGUUUCUAAUUGACGUCCACGCACAGAUUUUUUAUGAUUUCUACGAAUUUUUUAAUCACCCAUUAUGAACACGGUUUUGUAAUUGUAUGUCUUCAAAUUGUCACUCGAAUUCAAAGUCUGUAUUUCUGUGAUAUAAUUGAGAAAUCGUUUGAAACUUGUUGUGUAUCGGAAGAAUGCAUGGUAACGCGAUUGAGAAUGACACGUUUAGAAUCGCGCUAUCGAGAAAAAUCCAACGCAAUCGAGCUUGAGCGUUAAGCGAUUUUACAAUUGUAAACGUGAUUUUUCUGUACAGCUAUAUACAAAUAAUAAAAUCGAUACUACAAUAAUAUCA